AUGACAGAAGGACUUGUUUACCGUUCACUUGAUAAAUUGGUGGGACGCAUACAAGCUUUUAAUAUUCGAAGAAAUUUUGGUCGAUUGAUACCAGAAUAUUCUCAACGUGGAUUUAUAGUGCUUCAUUGA